CUCGUCCACCUCUGAUUGCGAGCAGAUCCUGGCAAAGCCAGAGGCCGUGGACCCGAGGAGGAGGGCAGGGACCACUGAGAAGGCUGGAUGUCGCCGGAGAUGGCUGUGUCCGAGCCUGCGGACAGCACUGCGGGAUCAGUAACCUUCAAAGACGUGACUAUGGCUUUUACCCAGAGGGAAUGGGAGCAGCUAGACCCAACUCAGAAAAGCCUGUACAAGGAUUUGAUGCUGGAGAACUCCAGCAACCUCGCCUCAAUGGGGGCAGGGUGUCAAGCUGCCAAGCCAGACAUGGUCUCCAAGUUGGACAAAGGAGAAGAGCCAUGUGUGGGAAAGGGGAAAAGACCCAGACAAGGCGGAACACCACGUGAAACACCAAGACCCAAGCAGAAAGGAGCCAAUAGAAAGGAAGUCCAGGAAGAUGAUGACCAGCUAGAGAAUCACCAGGAAUCUCAAAACAAACUCCUUAGGGAAGUUACAUUAAAGAAAAAAACUUUGACUAAGAAGAAAGGCCAUGAAGGUGGUUCAUUGGGGACAAAAAAUGUGAGUACAACACAAGUGUCUUCCAAAAAAAAGCUUCUUAAAUUUAAUUUAGAGGGAAAGAGUCUGAAACAGAAGAAUUUCGACCUACCUGGUCAUAUAAGAAACCAUGCAAAAAAGAAACCUGAUGUAGCUAAAGAGCACAGGAAAUCACUGGGCCACACCUUAUCUGAGGCAAAGAAAGACAAAAAUAAAACUGGAAAGAGACAGAAAUUAUCUAACCAGAGCUUAUCUGACGGGUGUGACAAAACCCAAAGUGGCAGGAAAUGUGAGAACUUGGUUCAUCGCGGCUCAUCCCGCACUAAAUGGGACAACGCUGAAACUGGAGAGAAACGUGAAAAAUCAUCCAGCCAUAGUUCACCUCCUACGAAGUGUGACACUGCUCAAGCUAAAGUGAAACCUUAUGAAUGUAGUCAGUGUGGGAAAGUUCUCAGCCACAAACAAGGACUUGUAGACCAUCAGAGAACUCAUACUGGGGAAAAACCGUAUGAAUGUAAUGAAUGUGGGAUAGCCUUUAGCCAAAAGUCACACCUGGUUGUACAUCAGAGAACUCACACUGGAGAAAAACCGUAUGAAUGUAUUCAGUGUGGUAAAGCUCACGGUCAUAAACAUGCCCUCACUGACCAUCUGAGAGUUCAUACUGGGGAAAAGCCCUAUAAGUGUACUGAAUGUGGGAAAACCUUCAGGCACAGCUCAAAUCUUAUUCAACAUGUGAGAUCUCACACAGGUGAGAAGCCCUAUGAAUGUAAGGAAUGUGGAAAAUCCUUUAGGUAUAACUCAUCUCUAACUGAACAUGUGAGAACUCAUACAGGGGAAAUACCAUAUGAAUGCAGUGAAUGUGGAAGAGCCUUUAAGUAUAGCUCAUCUCUUACUAAACACAUGAGAAUCCAUACAGGUGAGAAACCCUUUGGAUGUAAUGAAUGUGGGAAGGCUUUCAGCAAGAAGUCACACCUCAUGAUACAUCAAAGGACUCAUACUAAGGAGAAACCGUAUAAAUGUGAUGAAUGUGGAAAAGCCUUUGGACACAGUUCAUCCCUUACUUACCACAUGAGAACACAUACUGGUGAAAGUCCCUUUGAAUGUGAUCAGUGUGGGAAGGCCUUCAAACAAAUCGAAGGCCUUACUCAACAUCAGAGGGUUCACACUGGGGAGAAACCCUAUGAAUGUAAUGAGUGUGGGAAAGCCUUUAGCCAAAAGUCACACCUUAUUGUACAUCAUAGAACUCAUACUGGGGAGAAACCCUAUGAAUGUAAUGAAUGUGGAAAAGCCUUCAAUGCAAAGUCACAACUUGUUAUACAUCAGAGAGCCCACACUGGAGAGAAACCCUAUGAAUGUAAAGAAUGUGGAAAAGCCUUCAAACAAAAUGCAUCCCUUACCAAACAUGUGAAAACUCAUUCAGAAGAGAAAUCUCAUGAGUGAAAUAAUGUGGGAAAUCUUUGAAUUGAACUGAAGGUUUUAUUUAACUUGAGAAGUAUUCUGAAUUUAAAGGAUGUUGGAAAGCCUUUAACAAGAAGUCACACCUCAUUAUACACAAAAGAAUUUGAAAAUAAAUCUUCACAUAGAAGCAACUGAGAGUUUAAACUUGAUACCAAACCUUUUAUAGAAAAGUUUUACAAAUUAUUGUAAAUGACCUAUGUUUACAUUGAAAUAUAAAGUUUAAAAAAUGUUAAUAAGUUAAAUAAGCAGAGCCCUAGAGAAACAUUCACGUGCUGAAAAUUUCUGAGCUGCUUGAGUGUUGUAUACUCAACAUAUGAGAAUUGAAUUUGCAUAUCUGUUCAUUGCCAUGUAUAAGUGUUUGUGGUCAUUGGUAUGAGCCUCAUCUUUGAUAUCACUCAGCUCUUAAUGUUUUUGUUACCUUCUGCAUAAGCAGAAUACUUUAUAAAAAGCUCAUUUAUGUAAAAAUAUUAACACAAAAUUAAGAGAAAAUGAAAGAAAGCAGCUGAGGUUACACAGGUGCUGGGACAAAAUGAUGUUCAAGUUAUAUGUUAAGUGAAAAUAGCAGCUUGCUGAAGUACGCAUCUGGUAUGUUCCCACUUAUGCACAAAAGGGUGCCUGUGUUUGUCUCUCUGUCUCUCUCUAAGUAUGUAUAUAUAACUAUGUUUGUAUGUGAAUAGACCUGGUUUGAAAAAUAGAGAUAAAACUUAAGGGCAGCUGCCCUUGGGCACAGGAGGACAGUAAUGGAGUCUGGGCUGGGAGGGAGGCCUCCUGUUCAUUGUGUACUGUUUGAACAUUUUCAUCAGGUACGUGUAUUAUUCCCAAAAUUAAAACCCUUUUGAUAUGCAUAAAUCAACACUAAUUAAAAGUUUCACUGAGUCCACUCCAUGAUGUUGUUUGAUAAAGUAGAAGUUUCUGUGCCUAUUCAUUAAUGAUGAUGAGUCUAAGAAUAUUACAUUG